AGGUACCCCGGACCCCUUUCAUGCAUCCCCAGGAUUUUCCUCUGCCGGUCGUUGUGUACUGAUUCGACGAGAUUGUUGUAGUUAGCAUAUAGCUAGAAACAAAUGUACCCUCCGUAGAAAACACGAGCAGACACCUCCAGGACUAGCUAAUACGACUACCGAAACCGAUAUGGCACGUCCAUGAUAGAUUUUCGCCGACCCGUGUUCUUGGAACCAUUCAGAGUACAGUAUGAGUAGCUAGUUGUAAACGUACCAGUUUGUCUGUCUGUACCCCGCAUCUUUUUGCACAUUGAUUGUAUGUACUUACUUCUUCGUUCCCCGUAGUAGUUCCCGGCAAGAGUUCUCAUCCGAAGAAAUCGGCGCCUCCCGCUCAGUACGCUUACUUCCUCAAAAUCAUAUACAACUGAAAAAAGAGUGUGAAUAAAAUGUUGCACGGUUUUGUGAAAGGGCCCGCGUUCCUGAUUUCGACGCACCUGGGGUUGCUGUUCGCGGUUUCUUACGUAGUGACGUUCCUUGCGAACGUGUUCGACUCUCCGACGGCCACGCAGUCGCUGCUGGAUGGCGCGAUCGAGACCCGACACAUCUGCGGGCUCGCCUACAUCUGGCGCACGCGUAGCACUGUGUCCGACGUGUUGCCCUACAUCCUGUCCUCGAGUGGCACCGCAUCAACCUAUCAGUCGUACGCAAGUAGUGCAAGUUCCGUCGUGUCCGCCACGUUGCGUGGCCGGACGGCAGCUUCUGCCGCAGGAGGUGGAUCAACAACAUUAUCCAGUGGAGCCUCGUCGUGGGCCAGCUUCCUCGCCCCUUUGACAUCAAGUUUGAAAAACCAAGCGGAGGAAGAGGAUAUCAGCGGAGGAACAGACAAUUUCAAUUCUGGGGCGUCGAGUGGUCGGUCCACUCGAAAAAUAAAACACCAGAACGAAUCUUCCGACGCCUCGUCAGGUCUGGCCAGAGCAAUUUCGCUUCUGCUGGAGACGGCAAACGAUCCCGUUGCAGCGGCACCGGGAAAUACUCGAUCAGCAGGUACUUAUCAUGGUGGCUUCAGCAGUACUCAACAUGGUUCGUGUUUUUCUUUUUGGAACUGAUUUUAUAUUUUUGCCUCCAUGUUGUCGGAAGUAGUUGCUCGUAUCGCUAUCGUCGGUGUCUUUCUAUAAAAAUCCAGGUGCCCUCCUAUCCUUUCCGCCCUUGUUGAAUAUGACGGGUCUGGUUCAGGGCCUCCCAGUACGAUUCCAGGAACUACCUCCCGAAGCUUCAAGGGACAACAGACAAGACCCUGAAUCCAUAGCGGACGUAAUGGAACAUCUUUUUCCACCGCGGGGGCAAAAGAGGCGACUGUUCCAGCGCGACGUUUUUUCAUCCGUCGAAGAUUCGGGGCUGGCCGGCGACGCGGACGGCGGGAGUAUGAAUGACAGUACAGCAAAACGUCGUGGCGCGCCCGAAGAUCUUCCUGGUGGGGCAGUAAACACAAAUGCAACUGCAGGCACGACUGCUGCACACAAUUAUACUCCGAGUAACGACACGAAAGACCGAAGAAUCGGGACCCGAACUCCUGAAACGAUUGAACAAACUACAAGCGCCCUAUUCGAUCUCGACGAGGAUGAUUCCGAAUCCUCCGAGACCGAGGCAUUGUUCGACCGCAUGCUCGCACGCGCACAGCGAAAGCCAGUGGAAAGAAGAACCAAUAAAAGUAGUGCCCGACAACUUGGUGCCACUACGGAUGACGACGGCUACUACCCUCCAACCUUCGACCUGGACCCCGAGGACCAGGAGAGCCUCCAGCAGCUUUUGGCGGAACAAGGAGAGCUGCCGGCCAAUUACCGCACCUCGAUGCAGCAGCUCCUGCGCAGUGCCGCUUCAACCUCGUCGUCCGGCAGGAGCUCCUCGAGUAGUAGCAAUAUCAAUUCCGAAGGUCGUGGAGGUUCCUACGACUGCUUCUCGAGAGCCACGAAGAGGCCCCAACCGGAUCUGUGCGAGGCAAUCUGCGGCAUGUACGUAGACUUGUCCGAAUUGAGCACAAACAAUGGCAAUGCUUCUGCCGGCGGAGCAGGGUUGUACAAAAAGUUUCCCUUUUCCCGGCCGCUCUUCUCCCUUUGCCACCACACAACGCACCUGUUGUUGGGCUUUGGGUUGCUCGCGCUCGCCGCGCGUGUGGAAAUGGCCCGAAUCACGGGGCAAGCCCACCUGCAGGACACAUUCUGGCGGCCGAUUUCCAAGACGGUGCUCAGCUUCUGGCUGUACGUGUUCGGCGAGUCCGUUUUGCGGUUUUCCUUCCUGGAAAAGACCAUCGUCCCCGUGCUCGGCAACAGCAAGUCGUGGACGCUGUUCAGCGUCUUCGCCAUCGAAGUACAGCAGGCCGGGUUCUUCUUUGCCUGCGUCACCUGUGCCUUCGUCUUCUUUGUCAGCUUUGGGUUCGUAUUGGCGCGCGUGUACCAGGCGGUCGCGGGCAGUGUGCGGUUUCUGUUGCGACUCCUCCGCUUCCUGUGUUUUCACACCACGCUGGACGCACGGAAAUUCGUCUCCAAACCCGCUGACAACGAGAAGGACGUGUGUGCCAUCUGUCUGUGCACGCUCCAUCCAGAAGAUGACGAUAUUGCUCAGCCCGUCUGUACUCCGGCGGAUGAUGAUCAUGUGCCAGCAGCAUCUUCCUCACAUCCUGGAGCCGGCCUGCGCGCAAGGCUAACGCAAAGAUACCUCAAGCCGAUAGGAGAAGCGCGAGGAAACACUGCUAGUGUACUUCGAGUAGGAAGUAGAACUAUGGGGGGCCUGCAACAUGACGCAGAGCAUCUUCUAGGGAGAGACCUGAAUGCGGAUCGUGCAAGCAAUGGUGGCCUCCCCCAGGCCGAUCCUGAUGGCUACGACGAGGAGGCAGACGUCGACGGAGAUUAUGGUCGCGAACCGGACUUCUCAGACGGUCCGGCGGUGCUCCUGCGCCAUUAUUUGAGUAGAUUUGUGCGCUACAUUGGACGAAGAAUAGAUCUCCUAUCCCGGCGACACGGCGACGGCAACUUGCUGGACGAUAAUUUUUCGGAAGAGUACAGCGCGUACUACGCGAGAAGUACAACUUACAAGGACGACCUCCUUGAGCAGGACACUGACCCAUACUUUCUUUCCAGCAACUGCAACUACAACUCUAGUGGACCACAGCAACAGGCGCGUAGUACCAAAAACAAAUGUUCGACUAUCUCCCAGGUCAGGCAACGAUUUGCAGCUCUGAUUUGGCCACAUCUUGAACUUAUUUCCGGGGAGAUGAAUGAUGCGGAAGCAAAUGAAGCAGACGAGCCGCGGGCAGACGCAGAAGUGCUUGCCCAGACCCAGAACAGCAGCACGAGCAAUCGGGGCAUUCUGAGCGUUUCUCGUGCGUUUCCGCAGUACCGCACGGCUUUCGAGACGCAGCCCUACCGAAAGCAGAACGCACUUUUGCAGUUGAACAAGUGCAACCACAUGUUCCACCUGGGCUGUCUCUCCGAAUGCUACAAGGGAGCGAAGUACCGCAACCGGUCGAGCUGUCCCCUCUGCCGCACCGUCAACGAGCGGACCGCGUGGCGCACGGAGACACUGUUCUGGGAAAAGCCGAGCAUGAACACGGAGCUCAGCCAAGCAGCGGUCAGGAGCGCCUAUGGUGCGACAACUACUACGUCAAAUGCAAACGAUUUGCUGGACCCCACGACAACCGGUGCAGCGGCCACAACGACGAUGUUGAACAACGCGCGAAACAGAAGUACUGCGGCCGCAGUGGUCAACACGGCGUUUUUCCAAAGCAGCAUCCGGUACACCAUGCGGUUUCUGCGAGAGCUGAUGGACUUUCUCGGGCAAGAGGUCGACUUUUUGUACCUCGGGUUGCUGCUUUACCUCUUCUUGAUCGCAUUUUCCACGACUAUUCUCUUGGAAUUCUUCGUUUACGCCGUCACGGGGUUCGCGGAGGUGCUGCGACAGUGUCACCUGCUGCUCGAGGUCGCCUACCAGCACCACGACAAUCUGCAUCGAGCACACCAUAGUACUGUCGCUACCGCCUCAAACACUUUGCGCCGCAGCGGAAUUAUGGAACACACUAGAGGACACAGUAAAAAUCCGGUAACAGGACUACAUCAAGAGGCAGCUGCACGACCCCAUGACGCGGCGCAAAUUGAGCUUCGGGUCAAAAAUAGCCAGGAUGUCCACCUGCAAGUUGGUAUAUCCAACGAGGCGAUUCCGAUUGUGCCAUCGGAUAAUUUUGGCACUUCCGCAUCUAGCAGCAGUGGUAGCUCCAUCACCCGCAAUUCCGGACCUAAAACCGAACUUCUCACGUCACUGAAGCAGGACCUCAACGAGGCCAAAAGCGGAAUCAUCAUGCCCGGGACGAGUAGAAGCAAUAAAGCAUAUCUAUCGUCUGCGAAACUACACGGUCGUGAAGCUGGGGACAGGCUCAUGUCGCAUUGGCAGACGCUCGAGCCGAUAGUUGAAGAAUCCGAAAAGAACGACCCUGCUGCCAACAUCCCAGACGACGUACUAGAGAAGAAACUCCCUGUGGAUGAAAUCACAUCCACAGCUGAAGUGGUUGACAACUAUAAUAACAUAGACGCAAGCAGCGACUCUCUGGUCAUUGAGGACAUCAGUACUCCUGAGGCGAAAGUUUCAUCGGAUUUUUCUGCGUACUAUCUGCUCGACGGCGAUGCGGACCCUUCGAUCCUUCCUGGUGAAGCGCUCGAUCGGGCCUACGAAGCGCUAACAGGCCCGGAAACUACUACUGCCUCACCCGCGCACGACCAACGCAGCUCGACUUCUACAGAUGAAAUAUUGCCUGUUGAAGGAGAGGGAGUUCCUGCAGGCGAGAAAAAGAUUGAUGCUCUUGACGGUAGGAACAACCUGAACCAUUUUGCUACGCCUGGCUCUGUUCCACUUGAAGAUAAUCCAGCACCAGAAGCUAGUUUGCAAGAAUUUCCGCAGGACCACAACAUCAGCGACCAGGUCAUCGUCCAAGCAGAACCGCCGCCGGAAGACACUGGAGUGAUGACCGCACGAGACUUCCGGCUUCUGAAGGCCCAACGACAAAUAGCGGAGAGCAUGCACCAAAUUGAAAUACAGCGACGGGCGCACGACGUAGAAAAUGACCAGAAAAGCCACAUUAUACCUGAAGAAGCAGUUACUGAACAUGAGGACCUCGUCCCGGGAGAAGUACAUGCAUAUACAACUAAUCCGGGUGUGGCAACAACUGUGAGCCCGCCGUCAACCGCCGGCCCGGACGCUUUGACAUGGCUGUUGCCCCUUCUCGUACGCGAAAUGGUGAAUACAACCGCCCUGUUCGUUGCGCAGCACCCGCAGCGAGAACAGCAAGCGCAGCAGCCACUCCUGGAACAACAUCAGACUCCUGUCGCGCAAAUAUACCACACGGCUUCGGCGCACCACGAGCAGGAACACUACGACGCGUACGCUCAAGUGGCACGAGAACUACAGCCGGAUUACGACUACUACGUGGGUAGUUCUUCUACCACCGGCGGCAUUUCGUCCAAUGAGAGCGGAGGACCACGGACCUUCAUUUUCGACUACGCCUACACAUCAGCGUCCAACGGGCCGCAGCUGCCCGAUCAACUGGCGGCGCGCGCACGCCUCCGUUUCUGGCUGGUGUCGAACCUGACCAAAUCCCAGUUGUUCUGCCUCUUCCUCACGCCGGCCACAUUUCUGCUCGCGUUCUUACUCCUGUACGAAUACCGCUCCUUGCUCGAGUGGAUCGGGCGGCGGUGCGCUUUCUGGUACCUCCGGUUUUUCGGCGAGCGCUGGACGGUCCGCGUCCGGCCCGCGGAUCAGCAGGCCUUGCACAUGAAUUUACCGCCCGCAGCUCCUGCUGCAAACGCGCAGAGUGUAGUCGACGUCGACCCUCCUGCAGGGGGCACCACGACCACCUCCCCGUCGACUGGAGUUGUAGGACAACCGUUCGCAGCGGGUAGUACUAGCGCAGCACCGCAAGGUCAUCUUCACGCCGGAGCAGGAGCAGGAGCUGGAGAUGGUCCUGGUCUACUUGGUUCGCCCCUUUCAGCACACGCUAUAAAUCCUCCCGCGGGGCCGCAACCGCAACAGGAUGAUACCGAGGCAUUUUUGGACAACGUCGUGUUUGCUGCGGAGGAUGCUGAACAAGGCGCGCCGAGUGAGGAAGAUUCGUCGUCACUGAUGUUUGUGCUGGCAGAGAUGUCAGAUAUGACAGAUUUAACAGACGACGACGACACGAAUCAAAACGGCCAACCCGCGAAUCUUCAAAAUGGCGGUAAUGCGGGCGAUGGAAACAACGGUGCGAAUAACCAGGGCGCGGCGCAGCAGGUCGUCCAGGUGAGCCUGCAGAACUUUCUGAUUGUCUUCGUGGUUGCCCCCAUCCUGAACUGCGCGUGCGAGGGUGCGCGCCUCUUCUAUGCGCACGUGUUGCAGAAGCUGUUCAAUUGGGCACUGCAGGCGGGCAAAGAGGUUCUGCACGAGGCCGUCACGGCUGCCAACGCCGAGGUCUUGCCCGCCUAUUUCUCCGCAAAGAAAGCAGCGAAGCUCAUCCGGCGUUCCGUCAGACCGCAACUCGAUUCCUUGCAAGUGCACCCAAGACUCAAGACACAGUUGUCCACUACAACUGCAGCCUCGAUCAUUUUUGACGGACGCGAAAUCGCCGGGCAAAGAAACGAAAGAGGAACUUCUCCGGCCGCACAAAUGGUUGACACUUCUCCUUUGCAGGACCACCGGUUCGUUCCGAGGAAUCUCCUGCUGGUAGCGCGCAAGCUGCCAGCGACGGUCACAUAUCCGGGUGUCGAUGCGACGCGAAGUCCAAAUGAUAAACCAGAACACGACGUCGAAAUAAAUGCACCGAGCGACGACGAGGUAGUUUCUGACGCCCCUUCCGAGGAGGCGGAGUCCGAAGUGUCUGUAUCGAACCUGCCGAGCUUCCACCCCGCAGCCGUGCUCCGGCGACGGCGCGAGUCCACCUUCGGGUCCGACCGCCGCAGAUGGCAAAAGCGCAUCACCACCUUGAAGCAACAGAACGAACGCCAGCUGCAGCGCGUCAGAAGUACUAGCUGCAGCUCUUCAAACAGUAGCGGGAACAAGAGAAGUCCGAAUAAAGCCAGCAGCGAGGAUCAUCAGCAAGAACUUCUAGCUUCCGCCACUAGAGGCGUAAAUCAAAGGCAAACUCCCCUAGGAAAAGCCGAGCAGCCGUGGGACAACGCCGCGGCCGAAGACCAUUUUUCCACGGGCAGUCCGCUGGUGGACCACGUGGUGUGUCGUCUGCGGCAGUUGGCUAAAGCUACUGCUUUUGUUUGGCACUACUGCACGGUGUUGACGUUUCUGUUGCUGCUUAAGCUGUUGCACCUGGUGUGCAUUCAGUUUGUGCUGGUUGAGGUCCUGCUCCGGUUUCCGAUGUGGAUCUUCGGAGCGUCGCCGGCAGCCCUGCCGCGAAGCUGGACCCGCCUGCCCAAACGAAGCGUUCAAAUCGAAUACUACCCCGAGUCAGACACCGAAGGCGAUCUUUUUCCACAGGAAGACACGCAGAAAAGAAUCAACGAAGAUCAUAACGCAGGUGUCGGAAGCGAAAACGCGGAAAUGCAGCCACCAGAAGCGAGUAUUACGACUACGGCUACUUUGCUCAGCGUCUUGUGGCGCUGCGUGCUGCCGGUGCUGCGGUUCGGGAUCGCCGAUGCCUUCGAGUCUUUCAUUCCGGACGAUAAUGUGGAAAACUGUAGCGACCAGAUGGCGAAUCAGAGUAGAAGCUCCAGUAGUAGUUCCAGGGAGCAAUCCCUUUCUCCGGAUCAUUCGCCCUCCGACAUAUGCAGGACCUGCGACGAUGAUGAGCAACCACAAAGAACUAGCGCGGACUCGGGGGAGAUAGCAGAUGAUGCCAUGCUAGGAGAUGAAGAUGAAGCACAAGAACCCGACGACCCCGCAGCGUCGCCGCCGGAAAACCGGCCCCGCUCGCCGUUGCUAGUGGCUCUGGGGCGGUGGUUAAGAUUCUGUCGGGGGCUCUUUUGCCCGCGCCGCAGUUUGAGCGAACUGUUGGGGCGGUCGAACGCUUCGCAGCACCAACUGAUUCUGUUCCCGCUCGGCCGAGCCGCACACGAUCCAGCGAACUUCAUCGAGGUCGUUUUCAUGCGCGCUUCCGCUUUGCAGCUGACCUUCAGUCGGCGAGUGUUCCUGUCUCUGCUUCUCAGCUACCCGCUCGCCUACUGCAUGGUGCGAUGGUACGCCUGGACUCACUUGGUCUACAUCCUGCUGCUGCUCUUCCCGCUGCUGCCACUGCCGACGCUCUCCGUUGCGGGGCUCUUCAGCGACAGCUGAAAUAGAACACGGACAGAUUCUGUAGAAUUGUGUAAAAAUUGUAAGAUUUUUCGCGUCUUUCAGCACAGUCGUGUCCGAAAGUGCUGGUUGUACGUACUCACUUGAUUACCCAAUCUGCCCAAGUUUGCAGCAUUUGCGAAUUUUUGCGUUUGUACAAUCAAUUGCGCAUACAGGGAAAUGAAGCCCGAAUGAACCUCUACAACACAAAC